AGAAGAAUUGUCGCGUUGUAAAGCUGAGAAUUUACCUAAUAAAGUGCGGUUUACAAAUUAUCAUCUUACUUGGAUAUUUCUCAUGAAUUAAGAUGGAUGUCAAUGAUAUCGACCUGUCUCUACGCUUUAAGCAUGGUAUCCAUACCGUCUUCUUGUUUGUCGAUCCAUCAAGACCCUUCGGCAGCAUAGCAGAAGACCUUUUGGAAGCUCUAAAAGCACGCUACCCCUCGGGAUUGACUACUUUGCUCUCGUCGCCGGACAAGACCGAGCUACCGAACAAUCAUCUACAGAUCAAGUUCGCGUCACCAAAGAUACCUGCUGACCUCAGCCAAGGCUGGAAUCCUCUUGAAGUUGAAGAGAAAGAUACCCCGGUUAGCAAAGACAUCAAGGACAACAGCAUUUUGGCGUUCGCAUUCUGCCCUGAGGAUGCAGACGAGGACUAUGAGCCUGAGUUCACGGUCGAGCUCCCUAGCUUCGACGAGGAAAUGGAGGAGCAAUAAGGAUAGCAGUAGAGGGACGAUGUUCAUGAGACAUGACUUAGGACAUGAUGGCUAGCCGCGAUGGAAUGCAAGUUUGGAAGAAGAGCGGCUUUCAGAUCUCUAGGGACACGGAAUGGGUAGUUCUCAAACUCAUAGCUAGGAAAACCUUGGGAAGUCUUGCCGUAAUUCGAGUAUGGAAUGACAACCGCCCUAUGGGUAGGUAUCUCAGAGACUCAUAUUGGCAUAUGAGGUUUAGAUAAGAAAUCGACAGUAAAUAAUAACACGCAGCAAGGCGCUCAAAUUAGGUAAACCAAAC